GUUGUUUUGUUGUUCGGCGGGUAGCGUGUCAGCUGUUGAAUUGUUUGUUCUCAUUGUUUACGUGGUUGCUUAUUAUUUUUUAACUAAUUUGUUUUAUCAUGUGUCUAUGUUUUACAUAUUUGAUGUUUGAAACUGUGAAGUAAAAAAAAAGAAGCUUCUUACCACCUCUUAACAUAAAAAAAAUUUCUGAUAGCAGUUCAUUUCACUGUGUUGAUUAUUUUUUUAUGGUUAACAUGACAGACCUUUUGAAAUCUAAGCGCUUGUCUGAACAAACUUUGGAAGCAGUGUCGCCUCCCAAGAAAAAAAUCUGUUUAAUUGAAACUUCUGAUCAUUCAAAGUCAUUGGCAAAUGAGGAAUCACAGGACCUUCUAGACUUAGAAGCCGAAGCCGAAGAUACUUUUACUAGAGCUACAGAAGAUGAUGUUGGAAUUACAGAAUAUGUUAGUGAUUUACCCGGAUUUUUUGCAGUUAUGAAACAAAGGUAUUCAGAUUUUUUAGUUAAUGAAGUUGAUCUGCAAGGACAACUUGUUAAGCUUACAGACAUAAAGAAACCUGUGAAUUUAACAGAUACUCAUGAGAUAAAAACAGUGCUUGAAGAUGAAAUAAUAGAAAAACUGCAUGCACUGUCAGACGGAAAUGAAACUGAAGUUUUGAUAGAGGUUACAAAUGAAGAUAAAAAUUAUAGGAAAAAGGUACAUGAAGCAAUUCGGCAGAAUUUCCAUGGUAUUGAAUCUCUCACUGUUGAUAAAGAUGCUAAAAAGUUUAUUGUUGCAAAGAAACAAAACCAAAAAUCUAAAGGCAGACGGUUCCAACCCUCUCCUGCUGGUAAUUACCUCCACUUUGUAAUGUAUAAAGAAAACAGAGAUACCAUGAAUACUAUCAGUGCUAUUGCAUCAUAUCUUAGGCUUCCAACCAAAACCUUUUCUUAUGCCGGUACAAAAGAUAAGAGGGCAAAGACAAGUCAGUCGGUUUCUGCGUACAGACUAUCAGCUGAAAAGUUACUGAGUAUCAAUGCACGGUUCAACAAAAUUAAAGUCGGAAAUAUAAUGUACAAAAAUGAACAAAUAUAUCUUGGAGAUUUACUAGGAAAUUAUUUUGCAAUUAUUUUGAGACAAUUAGAUGGUGAUCUAGAAGUUAUAGAAAAAUCGAUGAAAUCACUCGCUUCUAAUGGUUUUAUUAAUUAUUAUGGAUUGCAGCGGUUUGGCACACUCUCUGUUCCUACUCACAGUAUUGGCAGGGCUCUUUUACUGAGAGACUGGAAAAAGGCUAUCAAUUUAAUUUUGCAGCCGAGCUUAGAAGGUGAUGCAACCGUAGAUAACUUGCAAAAGAGUGAAGAAAAAAUCAAAGAUGCAAAGAAAGCAUUGACAAGCUCAAAAAUUAAAUCAAUGAUUGAGAAGAAGUUAUUGCAUGGACUUUCUUCCAAUAAUGAAAAUGAUUUAGUUAGUGCUCUUAAUGCGAUUCCUAGAAAUACAAGAUUAAUGUACAUACAUAGCUACCAGAGUUUUGUCUGGAACAGAGUAGUAUCCGAAAGAAUCAAAACACACGGUCUGAAAGUUCUUCCUGGUGAUUUGAUAUCAAAUAAUUCAGAAGAAAUUUUAGAAGUGCCUGAUGUUGAAAAGUCUGAAAGAAGGCGUACACAACUUGCCAAUGAAGUAAAAUUUGUAUCUCAAGAGGACAUAGAGAAAACUAGUAUCAAGGAUGUGCUUCUCCCUCUUCCUGGACAUAGUGUGCUGUACCCUAAAAAUGAAUGCAAAGAAUGGUAUGAAGCAUUUCUUAAGAAGGAUGGAAUUGAUUGGAGUAAUUUUGAAUCUAAUGUGAAAACUUAUUCUCUCAGCGGAGCUUAUAGGAAAAUGAUUGUUGUUCCAAGUGAAAUAAGAUGGGAAAUAAUUCCAUAUGAAGAUGCUUGUGAACCGCUUGUUUUGAGUGAUCUAGAUAUUCUACAACAUCACAAGGCCAUUACCCCAAUCAGUUCUGGUUCAAAGAAAGCUUUAAAAGUUGAAUUCAAGCUGCCUCCAUCCAGCUAUGCAACAAUGGCUAUCAGAGAAGUACUUAAAUGUAGUACUUCGUAUUCAUCUAAACAAACAAAAUGUGAAUAAAAUUAUUUUAUUAUUA